AUGGGCUGCGGUGCAUCUGCGAGCCAGGCUGUCUGGCCAAAGCGAGUUGGAAAGCGCGCAUCGCAUCAGUAUCCGGAUGCAGAUCCAGAGCUGCAAGCUUUGUUGGACAAGCAUGGUUUGUCCACUCAAAUGGAAUCCUUACAGCGACUGGGUGUGACCAGACCUGGUCACAUCACAGAUUUGUUGGUGACCGACUUGGAGGAGGCAGGCUUGUCGCGGGUUCAGAUCCGGCAGCUUCAACGAGAUGUGGCCCGAGUGCCAGCAGCCUCCACCAGUUCCGAGUCGCCCGAGGUCUCACCGUGUGGAAUUCAACGUCCAAGAUUCGAUGAUGUCGCCGCGCCUCCUAAGGAGUCGGCGGCAAGCCAUGACGGAGAACAACCUUGCUCAGCAGCCAUGGUUUCGGAAAGGUCUCCAGCAGAGCCUUCGCAGCCGUUCCGGCAGCUGAAGUCUUCGAUUUGCGGAGAUUGCCCGGAAACGGAGCUUGAGAAAAUCCCAGGCUUGGACGCAAGCGCUGUGGAGCAGAGCAAACCUUGGAGCGCGGAUGGCGAUGAUCGGAUGGGGAGAAAUGUGGGCCAGGCAGCUCCGAAGGAGAAAACGCCCACCCACCAGUCUUGUGGCAAGCCACCCUUGUACAAAAACACUGCCCCAAACCCGCAGUCACCUUCGGUCAGCCCGGAGCAGCAUUUCUCACCAGCGACGGCUGCCACUGCCUCCAGACCGGACUCCCGUGAAACACAAGGGACACCCUCACUUCCCCACAGCAUCGGAGAUGACGAAGAGGUCGUGCCUCACGACAGCGUCGGCGAUGUCGAGACUGCCGAGCUGACGGACUUGGAGUUUGACGUCACUCUUUUGCCGGAGGUGGCGUCGUCGUCGCUGAAGCAGAGCCUUGUCCAAGAUGCCUUUGCCCCAGCGUCGCCGGCAAUGGCACCACCGGUGAGGCCGCAGGCGUUUGGAGCUGGACCGCAGCCGCAGGUCAACCGCGAUGCUUUAGCUCCCAAGUUGCCAGUGGCACUGCGAGAGCGCCUCGCAGCAAGGGAGGAAGGGUUGCGUGAGAAGCGCCAGAAUCGCCAGUCCGAGCGAUCCGACGAGCCGAUGGAAAGGCCUGGCCCCAGGACGCGCAGCCCUCCUGGGCGGCUUCGCAGUGCCUCCGAAGGCCCUUCGGUGCAGAGGGCACAGGCCAGAGGAAGGCCCGCCUCCGUUGGCGCAGCGGGGAGGCAGAUGUUUGACAAGAAUGAGCUGCGUGCUUUUCAUCGAGACCUCUUCAUGGAGGCAAUCGACAAGUACCAGGCGAAGAUUCCCACGUCUGUCCAAGAGCCAGUGGAGGGAAUGUUGCUUCCAACUGGUCAGAGCCAAAGCUCCGCAAAAGCGAAACCAGUUCAGGUUUAUGCGCGGAAGCGGCCUUUGUUUAGUGAGGAGGUCGCUAAGCGCAAUGAUUUCGACGUUCUGCACAUCAUCCCCGGCCCUGGGACGCCAUCACAGCUGGUUCUUCACAACUGCUUGUUCCAAGCGGAUCUCCGUACCCCCAUGGUGCACCACUUGCGCUUUGCCUUUGACCAGGUCUUCUCGCAAUCGGCAGAGGAUGAAGAAGUAUACAAAGUCUGUGCCGCGAAUCUCGUAUCUGCAGCUCGUAGGGGGCAGGCCAGCACUGUGUUGAUGUUUGGCCAGACUGGAAGCGGCAAGACGCACACCAUGAGAGCCAUCGAGACGCUAGCAGCAGAGGAUUUAUUCCGUGGAGAAUCGAAGCUUUCGAUCGGCUUUGUGGAGCUUCGGGGCUCGCGCUGCUUCGAUUUACAGGUUCCAAACUUGCCCGAGCUGAAGCUUCGCGAGGUGCGCGAGGCAGCUGGAAAUUUCUUUGUAGCCGAAGGCGCUGCUGAGAUCUUUCCAGAGAACGUCGAGGCAGCCUGUGCCGCACUUCAGGCCGCCAGGCAGCGCAGGGCCACCUUCGUCACUCAAGCAAACGACGAGAGUUCUCGAAGCCAUGCCGUCUGCACUAUAAGAAUACUGGAUACAGGCGGAUGCCUGACUCUGGUGGACUGUGCUGGAACGGAGCGGCGGAAGGACUCUGCAAAUCAUUGUCGUGAGCGACAACACGAAGGAGCCGAAAUCAAUGCGUCCCUCUACGCACUGAAAGAGUGCAUUCGGUUUAUGUCUGCCAGGCAGCGCAUUCCACCGCAUGCCUUCCGAGCUUCAGCGCUCACAAAGCUGCUUGCACGAUGUUUGUCUCGCUUGAAUACGUCUUUCCUUUCCGUCAUCUGUACCCUGGCUCCGGCUGCAUCAGACACCGAACACACGCUUUCCACGUUGCGAACGGGUGCAGCUCUGAGAGUGAAAGCUGCCUGUGGGACGGAGCGGGAAGUCCUCCCAAGUGUCUCAGUGAAGAAUCGAGAUCUGCAUCCUCGGCAAUGGUCUCCGCAUGAAGUUCGCAAUUGGCUCUGUCAGGUCGAGAACGGCAUUUUUUCUGACGUGUGCGCAGCACUCCCAGCGGAGUUCACCGGCCAGAUGCUUGUGCGUCUGACGGAAGCCCACUGUGCGCGGCUUUGUGGCUCUCCAGUCCGAGGCCAGCUGCUCUUCGAGCUGCUGCAUGAGUCCAUGCGAAAUUCAAAGCUGAAUAGCAGUUGGCAAGCAGCAGCCCUGAAGCAGUGCCACGUGUUCGAAAUGCCGUGUUCGUCGUCAAGACCAACCUGCUCUGCGCGAAGUUUAUGCUGGAUCUUUGUCGUGCUGCUUGGAGCUGGGCCACGCGUCGCAGGCGAGUUAGCCUGUGGAGAUGGUGCUUGUGCAGCUCCAGAGGACCCAGAUGCUUCGACGCUGGUGCAGCUAGAGCAUGCGUCCUCGCGAGCGGUCAUGUCGGGUCUUGGCCUGCAGGCUGGUGCCCGGGUCACAAGCCCAACCCUGACACUGGCAGACUUUCAGAAGGAAUCAGCGAGCUGUUACGAACGAGGCCCAGAGCCCGAGCACAGUUGGGCGGUCGUUGACUCCCAUUUGCAUGCACGCCCUUUUGGUGGGCCGCCAGUUCCAUUUGCGGAUCUGCUGGGGAGAUUGAGGAGGGCGGGCAUCCUCUUCACAACACUCUAUGGCAUUGGCCAACGUCUGCCAAUAGAUUCUGCAUGUACUUACUACUUGGACUGUCCAGGAGUGAAUAUAACACCGAGCAUGAAGAAUGAUUUUUUCAAUGCACAAAGCGUGCUCGACAAUGCCAAGAUCCUCAGUGAUAGCCCCGUCGGCCCUGUGAUUACCCUCUCUAUGUCGUUCUUCGACCUCCACAACGUAGACGAAAUUCUGUACAAGAUGAAGCUCCUCCAAGGGGAGUUUCCAUCAAUGUUCAAGUGGGUCGGCGAGAUCAACUUGGUAAAGCAGGCUCUGUGGCCGAACAACCAAGGCCUGCCUGUGCCCCUCGAGUCGAUCAAGACAUGGGGCCCGUUCAUGGCAGAGCUUCGCAAACAGGACAUCCCCCUGUCAUUGCACGCAGACUUGGGAGAUGACACAGAUGGUCAGAAGUUUUUGCCUUUGAUGGACGAAGUACUGAGACUUUACCCGAAAAACAAGAUUAUUUGGAUGCACCUUGCCGGGCUUUCCCGCCAGCUGGAUCCUAAGCUCUCUGCCUCACUCCUCCAGCGGCCGACAUCCAUUGAGGAUCAUGUGGAGCUCAUCGAAAGCAGGCUGAAGAAGUUUCCGAAGCUUAUGAUCGACCUUUCCUGGGAUGUUCUUUACGACGAGAUCUACAAUUCUGCAGCCGAGGAGAAGCCUUACAUCAAACUAAUCAAUGACUUUCCGACGCGCUUUUUAAGUGGAUCGGAUCAUGUGGCAGCUGCUGUCAAGACAGAGGAGGUGUACAGGCAGGAACUCAACAAAACCAGCGAGAUUUAUCGGCACUUGAGCGACGAUGCAUUUCGUCGCAUUGCUCUUGGUCAGAAUUUCUUUGAUGUGGCAGGAUUGGGGUACACCGCCCCGAAGAUCUGCGAGAGCAGGGCAAAGGCAGCACUUCCUGCGCAGCAAGCAGCACGGAAACAGGCGAAACAGGCGGCGCCUUUGAAGCACGCCGACAAGCAGCAGGCGCAGGUGAAAGGCAAGGAAGCCCAACACUCCGACCACGUCAAGCAGGUUCAGCGAGCUGAAAAAGUGAGGUUGUUGCAGACAUCUCCGUCUGUGUCCCUGCAAGAUUUCACGGAACACUCCACAACCUGCUACGACCGAGUCGCGACCGACGAGUGGCCAGUUGUUGACGCACAUCUACAUGCACGGCCUUUCGGGGGUCCGCCUGUUCCUUUCGACCAGUUGAUCGAGAGGCUAAGGCGUGCCGGCAUCCUCUUCGCCAACCUUUAUGGCAUCGGCCAGCGCCUUCCGAUAUCGUCUAAUUGCACCUACUACCUCGACUGUCCGGGUACCCCGAUUCGGCCGAGUUUGAAGAACGACUUCUUCAAUGCUCAAAGUAUCCUGGACAACUACCACACGCUCUCGUCGAACCCGCUUGGGCCUGUGCUCACACCGUCCAUAUCUUUCUUCGACUUGCAUGCAGAUGCCGAGGACAACCUAAAGAAGCUGAAACUGCUUCAGCAGGAGUUUCCGGGCAUGUUCCGCUGGGCUGGUGAGAUAAACGUCGUGAAGCAGGCGCUUUGGAAGAACGACCAAGGCCUCCCCGUCGAUGUGAGUUCUAUCAAGUCGUGGAAGCCUCUUAUGGAUGAGUUGCAGAGACAAGACAUCCCGAUGGCACUCCACAGUGAUUUGGGGAACCAGUCCAAUGGGCUCAUGUUCCUGAACUUGAUGGACGAGAUCCUCAAGUGGUACCCAAAGAACAAGAUCGUGUGGGUCCACAUGGCGGGCCUGUCAAAGCAGCUUGACCCAAAGCUUGCACUGAUCCAGUUGCCACUGAUGGCCCCGCUGACCAUUCAGCACCAUGUGCAGCUCAUUGAAGACCGCUUAGAAAAACAUCCGAACCUGUUCAUCGACUUAUCUUGGGAUGUUCUCUACGACGAAAUCUACGACAACUCCUCGGAGGAACGGCGGUACGUCGAUCUGCUGAAUGCCUACCCCACCAGGUUUUUGAGCGGCACCGACCACGUGGCAGCAGCUUCUAAGCCGGAAGCUGCGUAUCGAGACGAGCUGGCCAAGACGAGCGUGAUCUACCGCGAGCUCACUGAUGAAGCCUUCAGGAACACAGCACUUGGAGGGACUUACUUUCGACUUGCACAUCUGCCGUAUCGACCGCCACCCAUUUGUGGCCUGGCUGCAAGUGCAGUACCUGGACUGCUCGUGGCCAUGGCGCUUCUGCAGGCAGCUACCUGGUUCUGA